UGUUAUAAAAAUUUAGAAAUUCGCAAAGCAGCAAUCAUUUCGUAAAGAAUAAUGAUGAGGGAGGCCCAUUAGGCUAAUCUGAACUCUUAAUACCCAGGUAUUGUAACAUUACAGAACUGUCAAAGGAAGAGAUGGAACAUUCAUAAACGUUUCACAUUGCGUAGGUGUUUCACUAGAAAUUAAUCAUCGCAAUAGCUGAAAUUUGAUUUUUUUACUCUCUUUGGAGUUGGCAUUCAGAUUCAAUACAAAAAACCUGCCAGACUGUCUAUAGAUUAUAUUAUGUUCACAUAAUGUCAUGCAUCUUUACUAUUGUUCUACCAUUUAAUCCCAAAAUGAUACCACCUAUACCUGCAUCCUGCAUCUAUGAAAGAACUGUAAGCAAUUAUUCUUCCAGAUUUUACGUCCAUCAUUCCGUUCUGUGUGGAGCCGUCGAUGCUUUUGCGCGGCCACAAGUGAAACAAAUACUUUCGAAAAUGACUGCAAAAAACAUUAUGUACCCAUCAACACGUUCCAAAGGGCUACACUGUCUGUGGGAUCCGCUUUAAUCUCUCUACUCAAUCCACGGCGAGGCGAUAUGAUCGCGUGUUUAGGCGAAUUAACAGUGUGUUGAAGGUGAACAGGCGGCAAAAUACAUGAGAAGUAAAAUGGAAUCGUCUCCAGAAGGGGUGCGUAUUUUGAGCGAAAGACCUAGAAUAAAUUCGAGAACUGUCGAUUUGGAGAGACUGAAGAUGUACCCGGAAGGCACGCUGGGAAAGGCAUACAGUAAUUUUUUAGUAAACAAUAAAGUCACACCGGACUCCAGGCCAAUGGUACAAUUUGUUGAGGAUGUCAAUAUCGCUUACGUCAUCCAAAGGUAUCGGGAGGUCCACGAUUUGAUACACACAACUUUGGAAAUGUCCACUCAUAUGUUAGGUGAAGUUACCGUGAAAUGGGUGGAGGCAAUUCAGACUCGGUUACCGAUGUGUAUUGGAGGAGCAGUAUUUGGGGCCACAAGAUUGAAGCCAAAGCAUAGAGCAUUGUAUCGUAAUUACUACCUACCAUGGGCCAUUCAAACAGGGAACAACAGUCAAUUUCUCGUCAACGUGUAUUUUGAGAAGCGUUGGGAUCAACCCUUGUCAGAGUUGCAUGAAGAACUGAGGAUACAGUCGUUUAAUUUGGUGAAAACUAAACAACCACAAGCAUCAAAAGACACAAAGUUGUAGUGUAAGCGUAACUUUAUGUAAUAUAGUUUGCCUGUUA